UUCUCUCUCAUGUAUAAAUUGCAUGUUACACCGCCCUAUUCCACCAUUGACAGGGAUGACAUCGAAACCCCUUUCAGCAGAGUCUCCUCUUUGGACUAAUCAACAUCAACGCUGAACGAGGUACCCAAGGGUCUCCAUCUUUCCAUCUUUCCCCUCAGAUUAAAAACUGGGCCCAACCAAUGGCCUCUCUCCAACCUCAACCCCAAGAAACCAAACCCACCGUCACCACCGCCACACCCUCCACUCCCAGCCUAACAUCUAUCACCUCCAAUCACACCACCAUCAACAACAAUAAUACUGCUCGUAAAUGCAAAGGCAAAGGUGGCCCCGACAACAACAAAUUUAGGUACCGCGGCGUCAGACAACGAAGCUGGGGCAAAUGGGUCGCCGAGAUCCGCGAGCCACGUAAGCGCACCCGCAAGUGGCUCGGCACCUUCGCCACCGCAGAAGACGCCGCCAGAGCCUACGACCGUGCCGCCCUCAUCCUCUACGGCUCCCGUGCCCAGCUUAAUCUCCAACCCUCCUGUUCUUCUUCUCACUCCUCCUCCUCUCGUACCACCUCUUCCUCUUCCACUCAAACCCUAAGACCCUUGCUUCCUCGCCCCUCGGGCUUCGCUUUCAAUUUUCCCUUCCACGCCGCCGCCCUUCCCUACCCCUGCGCCGCCGCGUAUGCCACCACCUUCAAUUACACCCCGCAGGCACUGUGCCCUAACGAGAAUAGCAAUAAUACAGUGCAUGUUCAUCGUCAUCAUCACCAUCGUCGACCUGAGGAAGUGGUGCAAGUGCCACAUGCUUUAUCAACAUCAUACCCAAAGUCGGAAUCCGAUGUGAGUUUAGGUGGGAAUAAUACUACUGCUAAUAGCUCCAGUAGAUCAACCUCGUACCAGAGGCAUGGUUUCCAGGAUAAUAACCGUUUGCAUGUGCAACACGACCAUUCGUCGAAUCAUCAGCAACAUCAGAAAGGCGAUGUGGAUGGAGUUGAUUCCGUUGUGGGUUCGGCGGAGGGUUCUCAGGCAAAUAUGGAGGCUUCCGAGGAUCCAGAUCUGUCGUUGGUGGGGACAGUGGGGCUUGGAUCUUCUUCGUCCCUGUGGCCUUUGGCGAGUGAGGACGAUUACACUGAUAAUUUGUGGGAUUAUAAUGAUCCUUUCUUCUUUGAUCUUUAGAGAAAUUUUAGUUCCGAUUGCUUGAUUAGAUGUGUGUUCGGAAGAUCACACAUAGAUUGAAACUAUUGUGAAUAAAGUGUUGGAGACACGACCCAGACGCUGACGCUGAAAGUUUAUUGCUUGUUAGUUCUAGUAUUAAUUAUUAACUGUGGAUACUGAGGGUGGUAGAAAUAAAUUAGUUUUCCCAGUUUA